CUCGGUUUGUCUCGCGGCACCUCUGCCCGCUGCAGAAGCCCUAAGCAGAUGUGUCUGCACGCGCUGCACACCACACUGUACAUCCUGGGUGCUUGCCGGGCAUGGAGGACCACGGCUUUCCCACAGACAUCAACAAGCCGGUCUUGACUGAAAUGCCCAUGGCUUGACCCUGGUGCACUUAUGCAGUCCCCCGUGCCUGACGGCACAGUUCAGUCAGGCCGUGAGCCCAAACACAGUGGGGUAAAGUCCAGGGCUGUGCAGCCUCUUGUAGCUGCCAAGAGAGAAGGGCAAAUUCGAAGGCAAGGUGCACAGAGGUUUCAUAGCACGGCGGCAGGGUUGAGAGCUGGGAGAAGUCCACUGUACCUGUUGCCCUUGGGCAGUCCCUGCAGAGCUUGCAAAAGAGCCAGAAGCCAGCUGAGAGCAGAGCAGGGAGGGUAGCACUGCCAGUGCUGCCUCCUCACCGUCCCCGUGCCGAUCCCCUUGUCUGCAUGCACACCACAGGGACUGGCUGCGUCUCUGCCUCUCCUGCGAGCCCACGUCCCUACAGUGUCCCCGCAUGGGGGUGCCCAGCGAGGCGCCUGGGACGGCUCCUUACCCCGCCGUCCGAGGCUGUGGCGAGAGCCGCUGCCGGAAAAGCCAAGCAGGCGGCCGGGAGCCAGCUGGGUGCUGGCUUCCUCUCCCCGGCCGCGUGGGAGGAGUGACGGAGGGGGAGGCUCUGCUCACCACUGCUGCGCACCAUAAAGCCAGGCCGCCGUUCGGCGUCACGGGUCCGGGCAACCCAACAGAGACCCUCGCGCGGCUCCCCGCCUGCCGCCGGCCUUCCCUGGCUGCCGCUCCCACGGCCGCGGGGCCAAAAUUUGGCACAGCUGCACCCCUCGCUUCUCAGCCCCGCUCUCCGGCACUGUCCCCAGGCAGAGACCCGGUGGUGGAGGGCAGCAUGGCGAAGAAGGUGGCCAUCAUCGGAGGGGGCAGCAGCGGGUUGUGCGCCAUCAAAGCCUGCCUGCAAGAGGGGCUGGAGCCCAUCUGCUUCGAGAGGACCGGGGACAUCGGAGGGCUCUGGAGGUUUGAGGAGCGUCCCGAGGAGGGCCGCGCCAGCAUCUACCGCUCCGUCAUCAUCAACACCUCCAAGGAGAUGAUGUGCUUCAGCGACUUCCCCAUCCCUGAGGACUUCCCCAACUACAUGCACAACUCCAAGAUCAUGGAGUACUUCCGCAUGUACGCCCGGCACUUUGACCUGCUCCGCCACAUCCGCUUCAGGACCAGCGUGUGCCGCGUGUCCAAGCGCCCCGACUUCGCCGCCACGGGCCAGUGGGAUGUGGUGACGGAAAGCGAGGGGAAGCAGGAGGCGGCCGUCUUCGAUGGUGUGCUGGUGUGCACCGGGCACCACACCGAGGCACACCUCCCGCUGAGCACCUUCCCAGGAAUCGAGAAGUUCAAGGGCUGCUACCUCCACAGCCGAGACUACAAGGACGCUCAGGAUUUCACAGACAAGAGGGUCGUUGUCAUCGGUAUCGGGAAUUCAGGGUCGGACCUGGCCGUGGAGAUCAGCCAAACGGCCAAGCAGGUCUUCCUCAGCACUCGCCGGGGAGCGUGGAUCUUCAACCGCGUUGGAGAUCAGGGCUACCCCAUAGACAUCCUCUUCACCACCCGCAUGAAGACGUUCCUGAAGAAGCUGCUGAGCGUGUCCAUGGUGAGCAGCUUCAUGGAGAAGCAGCUGAACAUGAGGUUCGACCACUCGCACUACGGACUGAAGCCAAAGCACAGGAUCCUUGACCAGCACCCGACCAUCAACGAUGACCUGCCCAACCGCAUCAUUUCAGGCAGGGUGCUGGUGAAGCCAAACGUCCAGGAGUUCACAGAGACGUCUGCCAUCUUCGAGGAUGGCACAAAGGAAGACAUCGACGCCGUGGUCUUUGCCACAGGAUACAGCUUCUCCUUCCCCUUCCUCGAAGGCUGCGUGAAGGUGGUGGAGAACCAGAUCCCCCUCUACAAAUUCAUGUUCCCCCCUGACCUGGAGAAGCCGACGCUGGCUUUCAUCGGCCUCAUCCAGCCUCUGGGUGCCAUCAUGCCCAUCUCCGAGCUCCAGUGUCGCUGGGCCACCCGUGUCUUCAAGGGGCUGAACGAGCUGCCCCCACGGCACGACAUGGAGGCUGACAUCAAGCAGAAGAGAGAAGCGAUGGCAAAGCAGUACGUGAGGAGCCGGCGGCACACCAUCCAGGUGGAUUACAUCCCCUACAUGGACGAACUCGCCUGCCAGGUGGGGGUCAAGCCCAACCUGCUCGCCCUCUUCCUCACCGACCCCAAGCUGGCGCUGGAGGUGGCCUUCGGGCCCUGCACGCCGUACCAGUACCGCCUGCGGGGCCCGGGCAAGUGGGCGGGCGCCAGGGAGGCCAUCCUCACCCAGCAGCAGCGUAUCAUCAAGCCCCUGCAGACACGGCAUGUGGAGGAGCAAGCAUCAGGACCUGCCAUGCCCCUCUUCUUCAAGCUGGUUGGGGCCAUGGCCAUCCUCGCCAUCAUUUUUGCUUACUUGUAGGUGCCCUACAAGUGCGGGAAGGGAGGCUUUGUGAUGUGCCAGGGAGCUGGCCAGCCACCCCAUGCCCUGCAGCAGCUUGAGCCCUCCUCCUGCCCGGCACAGCCCCACUGUGGCCACACUGCAAGCUCUGGGUGCGUGGAGCCUCCCUGGCUGCCGAAAUAAUGCCUCAGUGCCUUGUUCUGCAACUCCUUCCAGGGAGCUGCUGCCAGGGACAGACAAGGAAACCUGCUCACAUGCAGGAUAAACUCCAGUCCCCCCUCAGGCAGCACUUUAGACGCAGCAGGGACGUACCAGCUUUCCUGUCACCUAUAAUCCAUGUGACCCACCACUGGCACACUCACAUGAGAGCUAAGUAGCAAAGGCACAGCAGACUUCCUAACUGGAUAAAAGCAUGUUAAACAGA